GGCUGUUCAGCGGCUGAAAAAUUAUUGCGUGCGCAUAUUGGUGCUGGUACUGUUAUGGUCGCCGUUUACGAGUUCCUUCUUGCGUCGGCUUUUUAACUUGCCAGGCGCUAUAGAGAUCAAGCGGCCUAUCAAACGCGCCGUCGAUGUGAAUGAUAAAUUGCUGCGCUCGAUCGCCUUUCACGAGGCUUUGGUUUCACGGCCGCUCAGUUACUAUUUAAACCGUUACCCGUGCUGCUAUGCCAUUCUGGAUCGACUGUCGUCGAGGCUGUGGUUGAGAUGCUGCGCCUGGCAGUCGUCAUUCUGUCAGCGGUCGGCCAUGCCAGGACGGACGACAAAUGCACGCCGGAAGGAAGCAUAUGCCACUUCCUGACGCAGCCGUGCUGUCCGACGCUGACUUGCAUCCGGUUCACGCGCACCAAUGGCAUGAACGGCAUCUGCAUGCUAGACGUACACUCGGGCGACGAGUACAACGUGCCCAUCUUCUCGACGCGCCAGGGGCGCGCGGAGCACAGCACGCCGUCGCUGCCGCCACGCCCGUCGAGGUUCACGCUGCCUCCCAGACCGACGGCGCCAGGUGGCGCAACCAACCCGGCGACGCAGCACUAUUGCUGUACCGCUCAGUUCACCUGUCACCGCCGCUAGGUGG